GAGCAUCUCCACCAAUCAGCGAGCGCUUUAUGUGUCCGCUUUGUUUCCGGUGUGAUCAAGAUGGCGUUAAGGGAGCUAAGCUCGUUGGAGAGAUUUCUAGGAUUAAAAAAGCCAAAUAAAUACAGCACGCAAGGAGGGAAAAAGGUCCCUGUUCUCCAAAACAAUAAUGGGCCAGCAUUGAUUGGUCUAGUCACUAUAGCGUCCCAUCUGGUCCAUGAGGCUGAGAGAUCUGAGCUGUUAGGAGACAGCGCUGAACGGAGAGCUGUGGUCCAGCAAUGGCUCGAACACCGAGUAACACGACUAGAUAACUGUUCUAAAGAAGAAGUCAAAGUUAUUUUGAAGGAUCUUAACCAGUACCUUGAGGACAAAGUUUACCUGGCUGGGAACGUCUUCACCCUGGCAGACAUCCUCAUGUAUUACGGCAUUCACCACAUUGUUGUGGAAUUGGCUGUACAGGAGAAAGAGCGAUAUCUGAAUAUCACCAGGUGGUUUGAUCAUAUCCAGCACUAUCCAGGCGUACGACACCAUUUACCUCCUGUGGUGGUUUUGAGGAACAGAGUUUACCCAAGUGGUCACCACUGAAAGCCUUGAUAACUAGUUGUGAUUGUCAAAUAAUCCUGAACUAAUGAU